AUGAGACCCGUCUCUCCACUCGAGCUGCCUGACAGAACUGGUAUCGUCUGCCCCAACACUGUUCCCUUCCUCCUCCGCUCCUCCACCUCCUCGGAUGAGUCGCCGUCUCGCGAGUUUGGGGAUUCGUGCCUCAAGUGGCAUCAGGAUGAACUCGGCGUCAGCAGCGCAGUGCGGACCGGUCGGCCGACGGAAUCAGUCACCAUCGAUCCUGGUAAGGUCUCCACAUCCCUGUGGCGUCAUAGUGCAUGGGAAUGGGCAAAGGCCCCUCAACAGGCGGUGCUGCG